CUCGCAGCCGCGUACGCGCUGUCAUUCUUCCUCGGCGCACGCGCUGUAAGCUGUUUGUUUAUUAUUAGUGCGCGGAGCGAAGAUGGCGGCGUCCUCCUUAGAACAGAAACUUUCCCGUCUGGAGGCAAAAUUGAAGCAGGAGAACAGGGAGGCCCGGAGAAGAAUCGAGCUGGAGAUCAGCCCUCAGCGGCCAAGGCCCAUUAUUCUCAUCACUCUAAGUCCCACGCCCGCUCCAUCCCAGCGAGCAGCCUUACAGCUCCCUCUUGCCAAUGAUGGACAUUCACGUUCAGAUACCCCUCCCCAUCAUCAUCCUCAACUGACAGUUCGACCACGGACCUUUCUGAGUUUACCACAGACCAACUACCUGACACAGCGCAGUCUGGAAAGCAUUGAAAUUGACCAGAAGCUUCAAGAAAUUAUCAAGCAGACUGGGUAUUUAGUUAUCGAUGGGCAGAAGUACCCAGCAGACAUCAAUGACCUGGAGAAUCUGGGCGAGAUUGGUAGCGGGACUUGCGGUCAAGUCUGGAAAAUGAGGUUUAAGAAGACCGGGCAUGUCAUUGCAGUUAAGCAAAUGCGUCGUUCUGGAAACAAGGAGGAGAACAAGCGAAUUCUGAUGGAUUUAGAUGUUGUACUAAAGAGUCAUGACUGUCCAUACAUUGUACAGUGCUAUGGUACCUUCAUCACGAAUACAGAUGUGUUCAUUGCAAUGGAGUUAAUGGGGACUUGUGCCGAAAAACUGAAGAAGAGGAUUCAGGGGCCCAUCCCAGAGGACAUCUUAGGAAAGAUGACUGUGGCUAUAGUUAAUGCCCUGUAUUAUCUGAAAGAGAAACACGGUGUUAUACACAGAGAUGUUAAACCCUCCAACAUCCUACUUGAUGCCAACGGGCAGAUCAAACUGUGUGACUUUGGAAUCAGUGGGCGCCUUGUGGACUCAAAGGCAAAAACAAGGAGUGCUGGCUGUGCUGCUUACAUGGCGCCCGAGCGAAUUGAUCCUCCAGAUCCAACCAAACCGGACUAUGACAUCCGCGCAGAUGUAUGGAGUUUGGGAAUCUCCCUGGUGGAGUUGGCCACCGGGCAGUUUCCUUACAAAAACUGUAAGACUGAUUUUGAGGUUCUCACCAAAGUUCUCCAAGAAGAGCCGCCUGUACUCCCCCACAAUAUGGGCUUCACUCCGUUAUUUCAGUCAUUUGUUAAGGAUUGUCUUACUAAAGAUCACAGAAAGAGGCCAAAGUACAAUAAGCUGCUGGAGCACCCAUUCCUACGUCAGUAUGAGACAAGUGAAGUAGACGUUGCCACGUGGUUUCAGGAUGUCAUGGCUAGGACAGAAUCCCCCAGGAGCAGCACAAUCCUCAGCCCCCAAAACCUGCCAUUUUUCAGCAGGUAGCAUCUAGCAUGGGAGAGGAUGACAGCCCCCUCCCCCAGCCAAACCUGGAGACCUGGCUUUCUGAGACUUCAUAGUGAAAGAUUGUGCUUUGUAGGGUGACCGACCGCUCCCACUUUAAUUCUCUCCCGAUAUUCAACUAUGUGAUGGGGUUCCUCCCAUUUUAUUAUGAAGCAACGAGAUAUUCAUCUAUAUGAGUAACAACGGCUCAUUACUGCCCUCUAUUUAGAGACUCUGCAUCAGAGUUGGAGGUUGCCAUUAGGUCCCUAUUUAUCUUAUUUUUGCCCAUGUGAAACUGUGCCCGAAGAUGAGAUUCAGUGGAACUCGCUGGAGACUUGAGCAGCUGUCCCAGUGUUGAAGGCCCCUUGCCUUUUGUUUCUGUACUUUGCCAGAGUUGUAUGUGUUUCAUUGAGCCAGACAAGAUAUAUUACCCCCUUGAGCUUCAAAUAUUUAAACACUAAAUUUUAGCAGGUGGAGUGCCUAUGUUUUUACACCUUAAACCUCAACACCAGCACAUCCUUAUAGCUGAAAAGCACAGCAAAUCAAGCACAUCAAGCGCAGAAAGUUGUCUGGUGCUUACCGGUUGUCUUUAUAUGGGAAGCUUACCAUUCUAAGCACCUUUAGAGGAGUGUUUUUAGAGGACGGCAAGUUCAAAUGGGUCAUUCUUUGCACCAAUCACCCUCAGUGCUCCAACGAUAGACUUUCAACGAUAGGCUUUCCAACGAUAGGCUUUCCAACGAUAGGCUUUCCAACGAUAGGCUUUCCAACGAUAGGCUUUCCAACGAUAGGCUUUCCAACGAUAGGCUUUCCAACGAUAGGCUUUCCAACGAUAGGCUUUCCAACGAUAGGCUUUCCAACGAUAGGCUUUCCAACGAUAGGCUUUCCAACGAUAGGCUUUCCAACGAUAGGCUUUCCAACGAUAGGCUUUCCAACGAUAGGCUUUCCAACGAUAGGCUUUCCAACGAUAGGCUUUCCAACGAUAGGCUUUCCUACGAUAGGCUUUCCUACGAUAGACUUUCCAACUGGAAAUGAGUAGCCUUCCAUUUCCUAUGAUUGAAACCAAUGUUUGUGAACAUGGGUGGUUUCCCUUUGGUAUCCGUGUACAAUACAGUUCAAUCGCGGUGGGACAUAGAUCAGUCUACCAACAUCUAGAAUGAAGGCACAAUGUGCACAUACACUCAGCAGGGUAAAGGACUUUGAGUAAAAGAUACUAAUCAGGAAAUCUGGGUUGCUUUUGCUUGUAGGAGGUACCUGUCCUACAGUAUGGAUAAAAAUGUCAUCAUAAAGUACAAUAUUCAAAUAGGCAAGGUUCCAGUAGCUGGUAUAGCAAGAGACAGGAAAGAUCAAGCAUGUGAAUAAAAGAAACAAAGGAAGAGCACUGUUCUUUCUGGCUGGUGCUAGUGAAGAGAAUAGCAUGUUUAAGUGGGACAAGGAUGUUGCAUGAUACCCCUUGCAAGAGACACACAGUUUGAGCUCAUAUGGAAAUAUGGUGCUGGGAGAUAUCCAAUAAGGUGCUCUGCAGUGGAUCAUGUGAGAGGUGCUCUCAGGAGUCUCUUCCAGGGGAGCAGUUAUGGGGUGAUGCUGCAGGGCUGUUUAUAAGUAUGACUAUGGAUGCAGUUUUAAUGCAUUAUCCGUUAACUGUCAGAUCAAUAUGUGACUGCCCCCAUCCUUUGUGGGGAGAUGGUGCUUGGGUUGGAAAAGCAGGGGGAUGGGUCAACAAGACUGUACCAAAGCUAAAGGGGGGUUUACAUGGGGGAUUUCCCACCGGUUUUAAUAUCUGUAAUUCUAUUGAUGCAGCAGAUACUGCUAGUCCACGUGUGUGUGUGUGUGUGUGUGUGUGUGUGUGUUUUAUUUUCUCCUACUUUAUUAUAUCGUCUCUACUAUUCCCGUUGCAUGGUGUACGGAUGACUCCUCUGCGGAUGGGGUCUCAUUUGAAAUAAACUCUGCUACAACAUU